ACCAGCGUUUAUUGAAUAAACACUCGCGAUCACCCCUUUCUGAUACCAUUAGCAAGUAGUUUCUGUACUAGGAGGCGGGCACCGUUGAUUUCUGGAUAAUGUUAUUCAAGGUUUGGGACAGAACAAGAUCAAAGAGGAAAUUCAUCGUCGCUGCGAGUCUAAAUGAACUGCAGCAGAAAGGGUGUGAGAAGUUCGGUGUGGUCCGUCCCAGGGUGGUCACUGAGAGCGAUGGCACAGAGGUGGAGGAGGACGAGGUGCUGGUCGAGUUAACCAACGAGGUCCUCAUCAUAUUAGGGGACGCGGAGGUCUGGGAACCACCGGACGCUGCGGUCACUCCAUGUCCAGCGCGGAAUGUUAAGGACAAUCCAGUGUCCACAACUGUGAAGACGUGGUCAGCUCCAGCUCCCGUUAGCCCUCCGCCAAGACGACAAAGUCCCCAGAUCAAGAGACCCGUGCAGACACCUCAAGUGAGGGUGACAUGUGCCGCGACCACACGGCGUUCACCUCGACGACAUCUAGGUGUCACUAAGAGAGAUACAAUGCCGGUAAAAGAGUGCAGGAAUGAAGAAGUGGUGUUGCUGUCCGACUCUGAUGACUCUGGAGACGAGGUUAAGAACAUCACUGGCACAGGAACCCCUCUCACCAGUCAAAGACGGGGACCACCAGGGGCAGUACCCAACAGACCACCCCAAACCUCACCGGUCACCGGAAGUCUGGACCACGGCCAGUUGACCAGAUCUCAGUCCAGUCAGGGUAGUGUUGGAGACGGCCCUCUUCCCACAGGACAUGAUGUUGGGGUCCAGAACUACAGCGGAAGUGUCACAGCUGACGUCACCAAGGACCCAGAUGAGUUGGCAUUGCCAGUGUUUUCUUAUUAUGUGGAGGCAUCUCUGAAAGCAGGCAAGUCGGAAGCAGUGUGGCACCGCCUGGUCCAGGAGUCAGCACUGUUCUACACCACACACUAUCCACGCCGUGUGAACGACGCCACCGAGUAUCGACGCAUUGGGAAAACCAUGUAUGAGACGUAUCCGUGUAUAGGACACGAUGGACAGGAACCUUGGUCGCUAUUUGUCAAGUGUUUGAGUCAGCGAAUACGUCGUAUAAGAUGGGAAAGGAAAAAGUUUGCCGACAAUGUAACCAAACCUACCGGAACGAGCCUUCAACCAAAAGAAUCCGCUGACCACAUCAACAAAACAUCGUCUCUUUCCGGUUCGAUCCGAACAUUCCCGGAAUCUACCGCCAUUUCUGAUCAAGAACCGGAACCCAAGUUACCGAAAAUUUUAGACAUAAAAGGCUUGGAUAAGGAGGACUGUAUACAGCCUUUCUCUUCACACACGUGGAAAUACAACAUAACCGAACAAACGCUUGCGGAGACGGACGAUAAACAGCCGGACUUGUACGAGAACUUACCCGAAGAAUGCCGGAAACAGAUCGAGGAAAUCCGAGUGGCUUGGAACACGAACGAUAUAAUUAUCAAUGCGAACCACGUGCAAGACGUGCUGUCCACCACUUAUGAAAGUCGACAGAAAUGGAUACGAGUGUUAAAGACGAAAAAGUUGAAAACCAUCUUAAAGCUUUACCCUUGUUUUGAUAACGGGGAUUACCUUCUUUUCGAGAUGGGUUUAAAGUUUGGGUCUGAAGAGUAUGAACGAAUAAGACGCUUGUUUCCCGUUUUCAUUCGUGGAUUACAACAAUUGGCGAUUGAAGACCUAAAAGUGUCUGACGAUGACGUCUUCGGCAUGGUGCGGUACAUGGAAGAAGAGACAAAGUUUGAGAGAGGCAAAGGAACCAAAACAAAGUCCAUACUAGUUUUGUGCCAGGGGAGUGAUCAGCCACCACUGACAAGUGUAGAAGACGCCCCUUAUCUUGCUGUUUUCCGGUCAGAGGACAAUGUUCUGCAGCACACAUGCGUCAUUGCCAAUGGCUGCCGGAUUGAAGUCAAGUCCAAUUCCGCAGAGCAAGCUGUGCUGGUGCUGCUGGCGGUCUACUGUUGUUUUCAACUAGAAUACCCGAAGGAAUACUCGCAGAUUCUAGGGAUAUUUCAGCAGUAUCUGCUAGGGAUCCCGUACAUGGGGAUAAAGUCGAAAAAAUAUUUAUUUUUUUCAAAACGAUUGGCAGCCAAGUUGUGGACUUUGCAAUCACCUGAGUAAACACCCCCUGGAGAUAUGACUUAAAAUUGUACAUGGGACAGUCGUUUUUUUCUGAAUUUAACUACAGUGGGAUAAAAAAGCGUUGGGCUAAUAUUUGGUAUUUUGCCGACCUUUGGACACUAAAUGCCAAUAGGGCCUACACAAGACAGUGUUUACGUACUUUUUCGCUUUUAGAUUACUAGGCGGACGUCGGGUGUAUAAUUCCAUACAAUGUUAGCCAUUCACAGUCCAUUUUGUAUGUUCAAGAGGUUUGAAAUUUACGAGAGACAAACUAAACAUCUUAAUGGCUGAUACCGGUGUGACGUGACAGAGUCCAUCCUUAAUUUGCACAGCCCUAGAUCUUGACCCACCUACGUCAGGCUAACCCUAACCUGUAUAAAUAAGUAGGCCCUAAAAGUUGAACUCUCUGUUACACGGUUUCGUCACAGAUCUCCCUGACAUUUAUCCCCCAGGCGGGGGGG